AUUGAAACGGUAAGAAUUGUGCUUUGCUGAGGGGGCGGAAAGGCAGUGACUGUUCGUAUCCAUACACACGAUCCUCACAGAGAUAUAUCUUCUUGCUAUAAGGAUGGCUUCCCGUGAUAUACAUGAACGACAAGACAAUGUUGUCACGAAACGCCCUAGGUUACUCCUACAUCUCAAGUUGCAACAAAUCGUAGAUGAAGGAAAGAAAAAGAAGAAAAUCCGGGAGAAAACUAAAACAUCCAAGGCAUCCUCCAAGACUGCAGAUGCCAAUUUUGUACCGAGCAUCAAGCAGUCUUCUUCUUCUUCUACCACUACUACCGCAGCAACAGCAGCUACCGCCGAAGCAGCUACCACCACCACCAUCCCCCGCAAGUCAAAACUCGAGGCAAAAGUCUCUCCCAAGCCAGCAGCAAAUGGCACGUCAGCAAAGCACACUGAGCCAAAGAAAAGUGCAACAACAAACAAAGCAGAUAUGGUCAAAGAUAUCUCCGAAAAACGCUCAUCGUCAAAGCUGGAUUCUGCAACUCCAGCACCCGCAUCCACCGCUGAAAUCACCAACAACCACAGCAAUAACAGCAAGCAAAUGCAAAGGCAUCAAGAAGAUUCUCCAAAAACCAAGGAUCCCACUCUCGCCACCACCACCACCACCACCACCACCACCGCUACCCCGACCAAUACCACCACGACUACUACUGACAAUCCAUCAGCCACGCGCUCUACCUCUUCCACUGCUGACUUUUUGAAAUCCACUCGCAUUCCCAAGAGAAAGCAGCUGCCACAGGAUAAAGUAGCUCAUAUGGAUCGAGAGUUGGAGGAGGGCGAAACCAUCAGUCCGUCACCAUCGCCUUCACGAGAAAUACCAGCGCCUGUGCUGAAAGCGCCAGAAACAACAACACCAUCUGCAGCAGCAGCAGCGGUGACAAAGCCUUCACCGUUGUCGGAGGAUAACAACAGAGACCGGUAUGAUCGGUCAUCACCGAGCCUCAAAGACCGUAGCAGUCAUGGUCGUGCUGCAAGCAAGGAUGAGGAUCGCGUAUCCUCUAGUAAGCGGACCUCAAGACGAAGUGACGAUGACACCGAGUGGCGACGAACGGAGCGGCGGGACAGCAACAAUCGGUUGCGCACAGACGAUGACGACAAGAAGCGCCGCUCGGACGAUCGUGCCCGCGACGACCGUUCAGUGGAUGACCGUAAGCUUCAUCGACGCGAUAGCCGACAGUCUUCUAUAACCUCCUCGGAUCGCCAUCGUCGACGAUCACGAUCACCACCAUCUACUAUCAAAACGACAUCAUCAUCAACAUCAACGACAGCCAGGGCACAUAAACAUCCUCGCUCUCGUUCACCGCGACCAGCUGCAUCUCGAUCACGAUCUCCUCGAGCACGUUCACGUUCAUCCACGCGACGAUCUUCUCCUGAGCGCGAGCGCGAGCGCCGCACAUCAUCCUCGUCAUCAACAUCCACCCUCAUCAGAGAACCCGAGGCAAAAGCGCCAGCACCAGUGUACAAAAAUGCAACGUCUCCUGACUCCGAAACCGAGCAACAAUGCAAGAUGUAUGCUCUCAUGUUCCGGAAACUUGCCACAGCUUAUAAACAUCGUGGCGAUCCACGACAAAAGGACAUUACUGGUCUGAUUGACCACAUGCAAGCAGUACUAAACUACGUUCUCAGCUUCUAUUACCAAGACAAAAAAACGGAUGAGUACCAGGGCCUGCGGCACUGGGAAUCACUAUACCCCUUUGCAUCUAUUGUGAUGCGUCAUCUUCAAUCCAAGCGCGAGAUGCAGCUCUACUCUGUGUGUGCGCAUGUCAUGGGGAUGGUGCGGUACUACACCUUCCGGCGUCGUGAAAUGGUUGCCAACAAAAAGUUGGACCCGUUGAUCUGCGAAAAGAAUCCGCAAGAGGCGCCGCCUGUCAAGGCGGCCGUGGCGCACGAUGCGGCCAAGGCCACGCGACAAGCACUGACGGAUUUUGAAGACGCGUACAAGUUCUUCAAGGAUGCGGAGAAGCACAUGGACCAGGAGCAGUUCAGGGAACAGUUCCCGCAAACACACCAGAUGGCUUGUGAGAAAGGUGAAUAUGGCCCAGGCAUUGUGAUUGGCGGCGAGGCAGGUAUCUCGAUUGAGCCGAGGUACCCGUUUGUGCCGUUUGCCAAGUUGCACCAUGCGGCCAUUGUGGCUAAAGUCGUGUUGCAUGAAUACUUGCAAAAGCACAAUUUGGUAUAUACCCCCAUUUCUGAUACGGAUGAGUUCAUGUAACACUCCUACCUUACCCUACUUCUCCUCCUACCUACCUGCUUUUUUAGCUCCUAUAUUCCCCAAAACUACAUCCAUCCAUCGGCUUUAUCUUUUAUCAUGAAAGAAACUAAAAAAAGAGGUUGCAAUAUCAUGGGUUUUUGUCAUGUGCAAAUGUUUCAGUCUGCAGGGCUUUAUUUUUGUAUUGCGUACCGUCUCUUAAUUAUGUCAAGUGAUUGUCCCAU